AGUAAUCGUUACAUUCGUAUCGGCGAAACUACGUACAUGGUUAUUCGCUUCGUAACUAGUUACUGAAACCGAUUACGUUAAAUAACGCCUAACGCUAAUGGGAUGUCAAUCGUCAUAAUAUUCUUAAAAUAUUCAGUAAUUCUAUACUUUCAUAAUAUUGUGUUAAUUUCCGUUUCAGUUAAUAGUUUUUAAAGAAAAUGGCUAAGACAAAUAUAGAAGAUACGGAUCUAUAUGAAUUAUUGGAUAUUCAGAUAACGGCGACAGAAUCUGAGAUAAAAAAAGCAUAUAGAAAAAAGGCUCUACUAUGCCAUCCAGAUAAGAAUCCCGACAAUCCAAAAGCUGCAGAGACAUUCCACGAGUUGUCGCGGGCAUUAGAAAUUUUGACGGACAGUGCAGCACGAGUCGCGUACGACAAAGUUUUAAAAGCCAAAGCAGCUGCGAAACUACGACAUCAGGAACUAGACAGUAAACGACGUAAACUUAAAGAAGAUUUAGAACGGAGAGAACGUGAUGGGCUGUCUGGUGGAAGAAACACAGGUUUAACAGAUGAACAAAAACUCGCUGCUGAAAUUCAAAGAUUGCAAAAAGAAGGUAGUAGACUUUUACAAGAGGAACAACAGAGAAUGAAAGAUGAAAUACAAAAGACUAUGAGAAACAUCAGUGAACCGGUAUGGGAUUCUAGUCUGAACAGGAUAAAAAUAACUUGGAAGGCUGAAAAAAAUGAUCCUACCAAUGGAGGGUAUGAUGAAUCUAACUUGAAAAGAUUUCUUAAAAAGUAUGGCAAUAUAACAGCAUUAAUUAUGUCUCCUAAGAAGAAAGGCAGUGCUUUAGUAGAGUUUUCAAAUAAAGAGGCUUCCGAAAUGGCUCUAGAAUUAGAAAAAGGUCUUCCUGAUAAUCCCCUAACAUUAAAGUGGCUCAAUGAAAGACCAAUAUUAUCUACAAAAAAGGCUAGUAAUGUGAGUUCUUUAGUGACAGACAGAGAUUAUGAAUCAAUGGUUUUGACAAAAAUGAGACAGGCUGCUGAAAGACAAAGAUUAAUAGAAGAAAUGAUGAAGGAAGACCAGCAAGGAGAUUAAUAAAUUAUAAACUUUUAUUUUUA